UCUGUCAGUCUCAUUUCACUAUCGUACAUUGAAGGUCACUGAUGCGUCAAUCGCAGUUGGCAUAAAAUAAAGUCUUAACAAAUACUUAACCAUCGACCAGUAUGGAAGACAAAGUUGCAGUAGUUACCGGUGCAAAUAAAGGCCUAGGAUUCGCAAUUGUGAAAGGUUUGUGUCAAAAAUACAGUGGAAUCGUGUACCUGACAGCACGAGAUGAAUCACGAGGUUUGGAAGCUGUUAAAAAGUUGAACGAUCUCGGAUUAAAAGCAAAGUUUCAUUCACUAGAUGUGACAGAUGAAAAUAGCAUCAAAAAACUGGCGGAAUUUAUCAAAACGGAACAUGGUGGAUUUGAUGUGCUUGUGAAUAACGCUGGUAUUUUAGAGUGGGACGAAGUUUAUCCUACAUAUGAAGUAGCGAAAAGAAAUAUUGAGACAAAUUACAAAAGUUUAUUAAAUAUUGAGGCAGUUUUAUAUCCCUUGCUAAGAGAUGGCGCCAGAGUCGUCAAUGUGUCAAGCGCGUGCGGACAUCUUUCCAAUUUACGCAACAAAAAUUGGUUGGAUAUAUUAUCAAAACAAGAUCUCAAGGAAGAAGAUAUAAAUCAUUUUGUUGAUGAAUAUUUGGAGAGCAUUAAAAAUAAUACUUUCAAGAAAGAAGAUUUUGCAGAUGAUGGAAAACAUGCAGAGCACAGAGUUUCGAAAGUAGCAUUGACAGCUUUAACUGCUGUACAACAGAGAAAAUAUCCAAACUUUAGCAUUAAUGCUGUUCAUCCUGGACUAAUAGAUACAGAUAUGGCAAAAGUGGAGGGGGGUGUUAAUCCUGACGAGGCAGCAAAGACGAUAUUGUAUCUGAUUCUAGAUGCUUCACCUAAAUUGAAAGGAACUUUCAUGUGGUUUAAUAGAAAAUUAAUCGAUUGGUAUGACUAUGAAGGUGAAUAUUAUUAUAAACAUGGUGUGUGAUAAUAUACCUACCUACUAGUAACUACCUAAUUUAGCAAGUUUAAAUAUAUUGUAAAUGGCCUGUAACCUAUUUUUUUAUUUUUCAAUUUUAUUGCUAAAUAAAUAGCAAAAUAUGUAGUA